GUGCGUGUGGGAGUGUGCGGAGUCUCUGCAGAGACAGGACCGACGGAGGAUUGGCGCAGACUUGUGCUCCUGUCCCGGGCUUUAGGACAUGUCUUCGUCUAUUUCCAGUGAUAAAAACCCUGAAGAUUCCCCCGAGUGCACCGCGACCACGGAGUACUGUCAGAGGCUGCAGCGGUGGAUGUGGAGCUACUACUGCGGCUACACGAGCUGGCAGAGCUGGGUCACCCUGUCCACGCUACCCGUCCCUCCUCUGUACACUGUGCCGCCUCCUCAUGGGACCCCCACACAGACCGGACAGCAGCCUUUUGACUCAAGAAACUGGUACAAUUACCCAUAUCCGCUUAGCCUGCCUGGAUACCCCCAGAGCGCUCAAAAUAAUAACCAAUUUUACGCCUCCCAAACCCCUACGGAUGCCCGGUCAGGACAUCAGCCAAAUGGGACCCCACCACAGCCAGGGCGGGAGUACACUGUCCCCUCUCCCCUCCAGAGGUUUAUGGCUGAGACUGUGGACUUCUUCAUCUUGUUUUGUGUGAAAGCCACUAUAGUGCUGUGCAUAAUGCACCUGAGUGGAAUGAAGGACAUUGCCAAGUUCAUAACUCACUUUAUUGUUGAGGAAAUCGAUGAGAACACAUCUAUGGAGGACCUGCAGAAGAUGAUGGCUGUAGCGCUGGUGUACAGGGUCCUUGUGUGUGUAUAUGAGACCAUCUGUAUCUGGACUGCUGGGGGAGCCACACCAGGGAAGUUUCUGCUCGGCCUCCAAGUGGUGACGUGUGAUACUACAACUAUGGUGCGUCCAAACCGGGUCCUCGUUGUCCCAGCAACAAAUGUCUCACUCUCUGCCUCUGCUGUCCGAGCCCUGAACAAGAACUUCUCCAUUGCCUUCCUGUUUCCUGUCUUCAUAACUCUGCUGUUUUUCCAGCACAACCGGACUGUAUACGAUAUUGUAGCAGGAACCAUAGUUGUACAGCGCAGGACAGGCAGGUAAUGCGAAGUCUGUAACUCAGUGAGAAUAAAUGAAUAGUACCAUGAUCGUAUCAGGUUUGACAUAAAUUGUACUAGGGUGCUUAGGGUGUUACACAACACUCCUACAUGGAAACUAAUAAGGAACAUGUAGGUUUAAAUAUGUCCAAGUAUUUUUAUAUAGAGGCCUGUUAAAAGUAUUUUUAAGUAUGGAGCCAUUAGAGAUGACUUAUUUUUACAAUAACUGCCCAUGUCCCUAUAUUAACGUGCCUGUGUAUGAUGACACAAUAUGUAUAUAUUUUGUAUUUAUUUAUUCAAGAGAAAUGGCAACAUUUAAAUCUGUUCUUCACACUAAUUAUGAUAAAAUUAAAUCUCCAGUAUAU